AUGUCGGAUAUCGAUGACGAGCUACUUGCGCUCGCCGGAGGCGAUGCGUCUUCCGCCGAGGAGGAGGAGCCGAUGGAUACGAGUCGCGACGGUUCCCGCUCCCCUUCACCGGCGCCUGCGUCAUCCAAAGAAAAGAGCACGCCCGCUAGGGGUGUGGCUGUGAAGAAGACACCCGCUAAAAAGGCAAGGAGACAAACAAGCAAAAGCGAUGACGAGUCGGGUGAGGAAGGAGAGGCCUCGCCUCCAGCCUCGCCGAGCUCGCAAAUGUCGGCUCCGAUGGAGGAGUCGGAUUCCGACUCUGAUGCCCCUCAGAACCGAGCCCAUGGCGGCGAUGACGAGCUGAAUCAAUACCCCGUCGAGGGCCUUUUCAAGAGCAAAGAAGAGAAGGCGCGCAUUUUGAGCAUGCGCGAAAUCGAGCGGGAACAGAUUCUUGCCGAACGUAGGGAAGAGAACGAGCGCAUCCGUCAAAACCGCAUGCUACGCCAGCUUAAGGUCAACCAGGAGAAAGACAGUAAGAAGCGCAAGGCUAGCGCCGCGGACCUCGAAGAUGCUUCGCGGAAGCCAUCCCGCGCCCGCACCAAGGCCGGCGAGAGCAGUGAAAAGAUGGACACUCUGCGGCGAGCCCGCGAGGAACGCAGUAGCCGAAAGGAACAGAGGGAACGCGAGAACGACCGCCGCAGGCAGCGGUCCCCAUCAUACCGUCGCAGCCGAAGCCAGAGCCGCAGCGCAGACGACCACGAGAGCGAUGAAGACCGGCGCAGGGACUUUAGACAGAAGACCAGGACACCCGAGCCACGAGACGCACCCCCUGCCGAGCUGCGCGAUGUUGAGCGCGUCCGCCUUGGUCGGAGUCGCUUCGCCGAGGUCUGCUUUUACCCCGGCUUCGAGAAAGCCAUCAGUGGCUGCUUCGUGCGCAUCAACAUCGGGCCCGAUCCCUCCACGAAGCAGGACGUCUACCGCAUGGCCCUCAUCAAAAGCUUUGCCCAGGGCACGCCAUAUGCAAUUCCUGACGGACGCGGGCAUCAGAUGGUCGUAGACCUUUACGUUUUUGCCGCUCACGGCACGGCUGAGCGGAAAUGGCCCUUCAUCAGCUGUUCUGACCGGCCCUUCACCGAGGCCGAGUGGAACCGAUACAAGCAAGUCUGUCUGUCUGAAGGGCUGCCCGUGCCCACCAAGGCCGAGCUAGUCCAAAAAAUAGAUGACAUCAACGGGCUCAUUCACCGUACUUGGACUGACAUAGAGCUGUCCGAAAAGCUCAGACGCCAAAACGCCCUUCACGUCAAGUACAGCGGCGUCCAGCGCGAGUAUCUCACCAAGCAACUGGAGAUGGCCCUCAGUCGCGGCGAAGAGGAAGCCGCCGCCCGCCUGCAAGAGAAACUCGAUGCGCUCGAGGUUCCGCGACUGGCCUUCCGCACAUCCAUAAACGCGACGAAGAAGAAGCAGGACAGCCGCGGCCCGAGCCAGCAGGAGAAACUCGCCCUCCUCAAUGCCGAAAACCGCCGGCGCAACGCCGAGUCCGUGCGCAAAGCCCAACUCCUUGAGCGAGCACGGAAAAACGAGGACAAGAUCAACACCAACAAGAGCGGGGAGGCAGCGGGCAGUGGCGCGAGUACGCCCGCCAUCGCCACUGAGAAUGGCAGUGGGAACGACACGCCCAAGCAAAAGGCGUUGCUGCCGCACAUCGCCAAGCUCCAAGAGCAGCAACGCACUCAGGCCAAGCCGGGUCUGCCCGUCAUUCACAAACCGCUGAUGGACGACGACAUUAUUGGGGCGCUUGACUUGGAGAUUGAUAUCGAGAUUGACUAG